AUGGACGACACCAGCGCUGCCGCCAGGCAUGUGCCCAACCGUGGCCCGGCUGUAUUUGCCGUCACCGUCAUCACCCUAGUCAUCGCCUCCGUCUUUGUCUUUGCGCGCAUGGCCUGCCGAUGGUUCAUUGUCAAGAAAGUGACCUGGGGCGACAGAAUCAUGAUGCUCGCCUGGCUCAUUGCCUUUUUUCUAUCAUUCACUGUUGCUCUCGGCACAUUCAAUGGACUCGGCAAAUAUGACGCCGACAUCGACCCUCGCUACUUGCCAAGACUUCGCCGCUGUGAAUACGUCUUUUCCAUCUUAUACAACCCGGCACUGAUGGCCGCCAAAACCAGCAUAUUAAUCUUCUACUUGCGACUCGCAAAGAACACGCAAGUCGUGUUGCGAUAUGCCUCCUGGUUUACCCUCAUCGUCGUUAACCUUGCUGGGAUUGUUCUCACCUUCAUGAACAUCUUUCAAUGCUCUCCUGUUCAUGCCGCAUGGAUGGCUUUUUACAGCGGCCCUGCUAAAUGCAUCCCGCUUCUGACAGAAUUUAUUUGCGCCUCACCCGUCAAUAUUGUUACCGAUCUCGCCAUCCUCGCCCUACCUAUUCCAGUUCUGACGGGCAUGCGACUGCCUCCGCGACAGAAAACGAUCCUUAUUAUGACAUUUACCAUUGGUAUCUUCGUUACUAUUGUCGAUGUCAUUCGCAUCUAUUACUUGCAACAAGCCAUCGGCUUCAGCUCUAACUACAGUGCCAGCAGCGAGGAUUCUCGCUUUGGUGCGCAUGCCGAUUUCGCGUACAAUGCCUCCUUGUCGCUUAUGUGGAGCGUUGUCGAAGUCAAUGUUGGAAUCGCCUGCGCAUGUAUUCCAACUCUCAAGCCACUCGUCAUACGACUGCUCCCUGCUAUGCUCUACGACCCGAACCGCACGAGAACCACGCCAGGUUCCAAGAGCGGCCCCAGUGACCGCGAAUCCGACAGUCAAGGCGCGGCGACUGCGCAGAAUAGCCCUGCUAUCCCACAGCCAGCCGCAAUGCCUUCAACCAGUGAUGCACCGGACAUCGAGGACACUCCCGUUACCGCUCUCGACUUCAUUACGACGCCAGGGAUGGGCAUUGACCAGAUAAACCGUGAUUUUCUGAAUCCCGCUAGGGUACCAACAAACGUCACAAGUUCUGCUGGCAGCGCUUCCGAAAACGGUGUCUAUUUUGGAGAGUCGUUCAAAUACGGCACAUUGGUCGCCAUACUGUUCCUGCUUUGGGGCUUCUCGUAUGGGCUGCUGAACACGCUCAACAGUGCCAUCGCAGAGGUCAAUGGCAUGUCUACAGCCGAAACACUCGGGCUGACCAGCGCUUAUUUCGGAGGUGGAUACUUUUUUGGACCUAUUCUGGUCGGAGAAUGGAUUCUUCGACGCGAUGAGCACAAUCGAUCCAAGAGACACUCUAAGAAUGAUGCCGAGAACAUUGGUGGCUACAAAGUGACGUUCAUCCUCGGUCUGUCGAUCUACGGCAUCGGAACCAUCAUUUUCUGGCCAUCUGCAGUGACAAACUCGUACGGCGGCUACAUGCUCAGUAGCUUUGUCGUAGGAUUCGGGUUGUCAGUUCUCGAAGUUGCGGCCAAUUCCUUCAUGGUUCUCUGCGGCCCGCACGCCUAUGGCGAGAUGCGCCUGAUGUUGGCGCAAGCUGUGCAAGCCAUCGGAAGCGUCGUGAGCGCACUCCUCGCCCAGCGCGUAUUCUUCUCGGGGUUACAGCAUAUACACCACGACGAUGUUACCUUGGUCAAUGUUCAGUGGACAUAUCUCGGCAUUACGUUGCUGUGCGCAGCCUUGGGUCUUUUCUUUUUCUACAUGCCCCUUCCCGAGGUCAGCGAUCAGGAGCUCGAAGAAUCGACGAAGCGCAUACCCAUCAACCCCCAGAAAAAGUCGUGGUUUGGCCUGCAACUGCGGACAGUUACUCUGAGUCUCGCCGUGCUGGCGCAAUAUCUAUACGUCGCCACGCAAGAAAGCAACAUUAUCUGGUUCGGCAACCUUGUAGCCGCGGAUGCUGCGGCUGCUACUCAUUCCCGCACGGAAAGGUCUACUGCUGCCUCGGGAUCAACAGCCCAUCCACAGCAAGUGCAGGGCCUUCGCCUGUCCCCUGCCGACUAUCUUCUCUGUGGGCAAGCAGUUUUUGCAUUUUCUCGCAUUCUUGCGUCUGUAAUCUGCUACUUUUCCGUCAGAGUACGCUUCGUCCCCAAGCCACGCACUCUCUUGACAAUUUGCGUCAUCAUCUGCUUCAUAUCGUCAAUCUUGCUGGUCACUUUGCGGCCGUCAAAUCCAAACCUGAUCAUUAUCCCGGCCAUGUGCUUCUUCUUUGGCGAAGGGCCCAUCUGGCCGCUCAUUUUUGCCAUGGGUCUGCGCGGCCAGGGACGGAGGACGAAGCGCGCGGCUGCCUUCAUCACCAUGGGAGGCUCCGGUCCAGCAUUCUUCCCGUUCAUCAUGUAUGGCAUCAUCCAUGAGGGCGGCACGAUUCACAGAGCAUUCAUUGUCAUUGUUGCUCUGCAAGUCGCGAUGAUUGUGUACUCUGGCUACCUGGACAUCUCCAAGGAUGCCAAGCUGCUCAUCGAUCCGCAGGGUCCCUUGCAGAAUGCAAGAGCCGAUGAAGAAAAACCAACGGAUGGGGCACACGAAAACAACUCCGACCCCUUGCCAACAGACAGAUAA